AUGGAUCCGUGGGAAUCAGCAGCCCCAAAUGACGGCUAGUCCAGAUUCCAACAGGGGUCAAAUCACUGGUACACACAGGCUCGACUUCACCAUCCCCUCAGUGCUAAACUGACGGAGGAGAAUCCACAAUUCUGUAUCCCAUCUUGUCGCUCGGCCGGACUCAGUGGACCGUGGGCAGGAGACUGGGCGAAUGGUGGGGUUGAGCCGGAUUUCAAUGGGAUACGAUGUGUGUUUAUGUGGCCGCUUUUUAGUCUACUUAGAGCCAGCAUGUUUGUAAAUGGCCCACUCUCGACCCCAGCUCACGUCUACCAUUUACUAGGUCUCUAUUCUUCGUCUGUCUCGGCUCGCGGCCAUUGGACCCACUCGGGUGGUGUGGCUCGCCUAGCCUUGCUUGGUCCAGACAGAGGCACUCCCAGUCGAGGCCAGUCGAGCCUGGGGGCAUGGCCUAAAUCUGAGCCCCUCUUCCGGCGCCUCCAGGACUCUGAUUUCUCCGUACGAGCAGAAUCGAGCUGGAGAAUACAAUGCACAGAUUAG